AUGCCGGGCAUUUACCUGAUGGUUACCCAAACCCCGGAGCUCUUCAAUGAAAGAGUUCCAUCUUUCACAGCGAGCUGUUCCGAAGUUGCGUCUGAGCACCGUGAAAUGCCUCUUACGGUCAUCGAUAUCGUGCUCCCAGUCGUCAUGGAGAGCCAACUGGAGAGCACGCUUGACAUCCUCUGCAUCCUCGAGAGUUAUGCCAAGUUGAUGCAAGAGGUUGUGGGCUUUGCGUAUCAUGGCGGCCUCCUCAUUCUCGCAGGCCGCCAUAAUCCUUUCGAUCUCCGCAGAGAUGCGGGCGUGCUCUUGCGCCCUAGCCUCCCUUUCCCCAGCUGGUUGAUCUAG